AUGGUAUUACAAAAAUUAGUGAAUAGUACUAAUGUUGUAUUUCAUAUGCUUGAUUUACAACCUUAUGCUAUGGUACUUCCUAUGGAUAAACAUACCAGUGAUAAAAAUAAAUUAAAAAUCUUCUCUAAAAUACUUAAAAACAAUCCAGACACUUAUUCUAUUUAUAAAUCACAUAAUAUUCAAUUUUAUAAUAUCAAUACUAAUACUACCGGUACUAUGAGUAAUGGUGUUACCGAUGUUACUAAUUCUACUGGUAUUACUACUACUACUGGACCUAUAGGUACUAGGUUCGAAUCCAAAUUUAAUAAUACUCUAAAUAAUGAAGAAGAUAUAGAUAUAUCAAAUGAUAUGGAAAAAAAUGUUAAAUUGGAACAUUUAAAAAUUAAACAAACUACUAAUAGUGGAGAUGUGGAAAAUAUAUUUAUGGGUGUGAAGAGAUUUUUGGAUCGUUUGGAUUCUGAGAAUAUAAUUGGAUGUAUGAUAAUUUUAGCUCAAAAGAGUAGUGAUAGAACAUCGAUUUCACCAAUUGCAGGUGGAAUUGUUGAAGUUUUUGAUGAUUAUGAACGAUCGAUACAGACCCUUUGGCUCAAUAAUAACAUUUCUAAUUAUGUAAAUUUCAUUAAUCUCAAGGGUAAGAAAAAUGCAAGAAAAUUAAUUACUAAUUUGGAUGAUCAAAUUUUAUCGAAAAUCGUCUUGUCUACUUUAACCUUAAGAUUAUGUGCACAUGCAUAUCAAAUGACACUUCCAAAUUCUAAACGUAUACAACAUAAAUCAAGACUUAUUUCUAUUUAUCAUCAAAUGGGUCAGACUUUUCCACAUUUCGCUUAUAAUUUUAUUAAAGAAGAGAUGCAAUUUUCUAAACAUUAUGAAAUCAAUCAUUUAUCUAUUAAACAUAAUGAUAAUCCUAAAAUUCCAUGUAGAUGUUUAAAACCAAUUUAUGAUAAUUUUGAUGGAACGAAUCAAAUGAUUGGAACAACAAUAAAUAUUGAAACAGAUUUAAAUAGUUUUGGAAAUGAUAAUUUAUUGUUCUUUGGAAUAACAGAGAGCAGAUUUACAGGAAUGUAUAACAGUACAUAUGAGAACAUUUUAAUAGGAUUUAUGAACCUGCUGAGCGGGAAAUUAAGCGACAUCUCAAAGAUCGAACGCUUCGAAACUCUCAAUUAUUAUGAAGAGGAAGAUGAUUACAAAACUAAAAGACAUAAAGUUAAUUUUAGAAGUAAAAGAUUACAAAAUAGAAUUUAA